GUGUAGCCUACCGCGUUGUGUGUGCAAAAUUGUCUUGUCGAAUGGCGACUAAAGGGAAACAGAUUCUGAAAUGUGUUCUGUUUAUUUGUCUUAGCUUUAUUAAAGUUAGUGGUUUUGUGCUAUUUAAUGAGGAAAAGAAACCGUUUUCACUGGGCUCUUUUCACAAGAACGCACGGACAAGUGAGUUAUUGGAACGAGGAGACGAGAAGCCGAAAUCUGGAGAACGGGUCGGGUGUGUUCUCGUUGGGCCAAACCAAGCUCCAAAGUCUAAUGGUGAUGGUUGUGACCGUUUUUCUUCGGAUCUCGGACGAGCCGAUGAGAAUGCAGGUGAUCCAGGCGGAAUGAAGUUGCAACCUCUUUGGGGACAGGUUUAUGGUCUGAACACCCUGUAUACUCCAACAGUAGAAAGGCUACUUGAUAUGAAACCCCAAGUAGAUUGUACUGGAGAUUUGAUGAAACUGACCAUUCAUGGACGAGAGGCUCCUUUUGGAUCCAACUUUCUUAUUGAUCGAGGAAGCAAUCCACCUCUUCCACUGUCACAGUUGCCCUCGGAAUGUGGUCAUAGAUUUCUGAGAACAUGGAGAGACUUUGUUUUCAUUAUACCAAAUGAUGGAUGUUACGUUUCACAUGAGAAAGACACUUUUGUUCUUCCCUUACUUUGGUUUGGAUUGGCUGUGAAAAUGUCUUGUUCCUCACCAACCUCGGCACAGAGAGCUCCAACUGUCUCCUGCUACACAAAUGGCAUGAUUGUGAGGCUGUCUAAAGAAGUCUCUGAGAACCUGAAGAUCAAAGUAUUGAGUGCGUGGGAGCCUCUACUGGAUGCGUCAACUAGAUGUGGAUACAGCUUGGUGUCGGAUGCAGAAAGUGUGGUCAUCUAUGCUCCGUAUAUGCCAUGCACUGAGCCAAAGGAUGGGAUGUUCACUCUUAGCAUGGCAGCAGACAGCGAGUUUAAUCUGUCCUGUCCAGCAUUGUCGAAAAUGAGUUUGCCUGAUCAUGCACCUAAAAAUUAUACAAUGACUUUUACGCCACAGCCUCGAGUUUCAUCUACAGUCCCUCCCCCCACCAUUACUACAACCACCACCACCACCACCACUGAAACCACUCAGCCAAUAAGGGGUCCAAGUUUAACAACCUCCACAAGUUCAACAGUUCAGAAGUUGCCAACUCCUCCUCUUCAUUAUUACAUCCCGGGCCAGCCAAAUUUUAAACCUGUUCCUCCUAUUUACCCUUUUCUACAUUUUCCUCCAAACAGGUCACCAGAGGUUGUUCCCCAAGGUCCCAAAAUUAUGGGUCUCCCAACUGCUAUCACCCAGCAGCCACAAGCACCCUUUUACAUAAGACCUCCUCAAACUUGGUACCCUUGGAUCUUUAAGCCCAGUUCGGGUCUCACCCCUGUCCCCAGUCCAAGUGCAGCUUUGCCAGAUCCAAGAGAACCUUUGUUGCUUCCUACCAAGGCUCCUAAAACCACUCUCGCUCCCCUACUAAAACCCACAAGCAGUCCUCAAGAUGAGUUGGCGUUCACAAUACCUGUUGUCCCACCUGCGGAAUGGGCGCUUAGGUUUCCUCCCAGAAAUUUGCAGUAUCCUGGAAAACCUGGAUUUCCACAAGACCUAAACUGGCCUUAUUCCCAAAACCAACCAGGGCCCUCUAAACCACACAUUCCACCAAAACCAGAGUCUGCACCACCUACACCUGCCCCUACAAGAAAAGCAGGGCCACAGAUCUUCCACAAUCAAUGGGAUAAACCCUUCCCACCACAUUCUCCGGUAAUGCCUCUGGUUCCUAUAAAUGUCCUCCAGAAUAAUACAGUUUCCACCUCUGGGGCUGUUGCUUCCAGAUCAAACACAUCAGUUAAGGAUCCUCCUAUGAGCAUGGACUUUGAUUAUGACCAAAGCCCCGAUCCAACCCCUUCACUCCCCAAAUUUCCUGAAGUUGUUGACACCCCUGCCCCCAUAAAUGCUUGCCUGACUCCAAUUUGUUUGUCACAUUCUUUUCUCUGUCCAUCUUUCUGCUCUGGCCCACCUUCAAUAUCCUUCCACAACCAUCUCUAUUUUGAUCGUCCUCUGUCUAGUUUUGAAAUUUCUAGUCUGACUAAAGCUACAGGCCAAGUGCUGUCAUCUCCUGUUAUAUCUGCAGGUUCAAACCCAUUUCCUCUUGUUCAUGGCAUGGGUUAUAAUAAUGGCCUGCUUUCUUCACACGAUGCAAUUGUACCACCAGCUUCAGAUAUUACAGCAAUGCAAUAUUUGGUAGAGAAUCCCACUGUUAAGGGUAUCCAAGUCCCUCAUACUUCAAAGCUUUUGAUGGGACCUAGUAUGAAUCCUUCCAUUUUUUGGAAGUUGGAGUCACAAACUGGUUAUACAUGGCCUACAGGGGAAUCUGCAAAUGUUACUCCUGUUCUACACCCUUUGGGACCUUCUAAGGUGCCUUCUGGACGCUUACAAAAUGGAGCAGUUACUGAGCCUCUUGUCAAUUCAAACCAAAGCCCAAAACCUCCAGUUUACCAGGCUAAGAGGGAAUGGCGUUUUUCCCCAUGGGGACAGUACAGGCAACCAAAGUUAGUUGCUCCAAAUAAUGCUCCCUUUUUUGAGGAAAUGGACCAAUCUGACAUUUUAAAACCUACAGCUCAUGGCAAAAAUGUGCAUAUGGAUCACUGGUAUCAAGCUACUUAUUCAAAUGCUAAGGUUCCAAAAUCUGACUCUCCCACAAGAGACUCAUUCAACCAGAUGUCAUUACCUCAGCCAUCCGAUAAUCACAAAUCAUUUGAGCCCUCAACCACGCCACCUCAACCAGAGCAAACUAGUGGUGGUAACCUUCCAUUAAUUAACCCUCAGCAGUAUAACUCUCAAAGUAGAAAAUCUCUGCAUCCUGUUUUUAGGGGCACAUAUUGGGUUCCUGCUGUUCAAUCUAACCAGGAUGCGUUACUCUCAGCUGACACUUUAGAUGGGUUAUGAGGCGUUUAUCCACAGUAAACCAAGGACUUGAGACGACGAUAACUAAUAAAACUGUUUAAGUGCCAAA